GAAAGAGGAAUGCAGCGCGAGCUUUAGACUGGACAGCCGGAAUCAGCGCAGAUCCGCCGCCACGCGCACCAGAGAGAGACGAGGAAAAAUCCAGCAGACACUUCAGAAAGGAUCUUCCUAGAGAAGCAACUGCCGUCGGCACCAUGGGAGGAAAACUGAGCAAGAAGAAGAAGGGAUACAACGUGAAUGAUGAGAAGGCAAAAGAAAAGGAUGCCAAAACAGAGGGAGCAUCAGCAGAGGAGAAUGAUGCUUCUAAAGACAACAAGGAUGAAGCACCAACUGCCACGGAAACCACUGAGACACCCAAUGACACGGCGGCAGCCACCAAAGAAGCAACGCCUGUUGCGGAUAGCAGUGCAACCGUGCCAAAAGAAGAGGAGAAGAGUGCUGCUCCAGCGGCCAAGGAAGAGAAAUCAGCAUCUAGCACCACCUCAACUUCUAAUGCCAAGAGUGCAGACUCCGCUAAAGCGGAACCUGCCAAGAGUCCUGAGGCCCCACCUACCAAGGCAGAAGAAAAACCCGCCUCUGCUCCAGCACCGGCCAAUGAGAAAGAACCAGUGAAAGAUACCACCCCAGCUCUCAAAGAGCCUGCCCCAGCUAAGGAUCCUGCCUCUGCGACAGAGAGCAAGGCAGACACUGAGGCCAAAAAGACUGAAGCUCCACCCGCCAAAGGACCCGCUUCUGCACAACCUGUAACCACGGAGACCAGCGCUGCCCCCAGUAAGGAGCAGACAGUUGCUGUGCAAGAUUAACGAACAGAGGCAAACAAACCAAUAAGGAGAAAAAUAAUUAAUAAAAAAAAUGAUCAGAUUAAAUUAGAGAAACUAGCCCUUCUUAAAUUACAACUACUAUAAAAUUGAUAAAUAAAACAAUAAUAAAUAUUGAUUUCGACAAGAUUAGUCAACAUCUUUACUGAUAGUGGGUUUUAUAAUAAAGCAUUAUGUGGUCGUAAUAAAGUUCUAUACGUAAAAUAUGAGCUAAAAUAAUGAUGAUGAUGAUUAUCAUGAUGAUGAUUUGAUUUCUAUUGUCAGAGUUAUUAUUGUUAUUUUAACACUGACACAAGACUCAAUCUACCACCAGCCCCCAAAUCUAACUCUUUAUGUCUCUCUCUCUCUCUCUCUCUCUCUCUCUCUCUCUCUCUCUCUCUCUCUCUCUCUCUCUCUCUCUCUCUCUCUUACUACCUGUGUCACUCUCUCCAUUUAACCCUCUAUUUAACGGAGGGCUGAGAUGAAAGAGUGUAACUGGCUUUUUUGCAGGCCACACACACAGUUCUCACCAGUCUUUUCUUACAUUGAUCUCUUUCCAAAAUGAGUGCAACUGAUGUGUGCGAGUGUGUCUGUCUGGUGGUCUUGCAUUCUAUUUGCUAUCUUCUCUUUGCUGCUGUCUGGUUUGUGCUUUGGUCAUUUGCAGUGGUUGACGUUGUGUUUUGGCCUUUGUUCUCUAGUCUUUCCUGACCUUUCAAUGCCUUUCAUUAAUAUCCUUUAUAUUGAUGGAAUAAAAAAAAGGUGUGUGCAGCACAGUGUAAUAAAUGCACACACACACAUACACACACACACUCACACACACACACUCACACACACAUAGAGACACACACACACACACACACACACACACACACACACACACACACACACACACACACACACACACACACACACACACACACACACACACACACACACACACAUAGAGACACACACACACAUAGAGACACACACACACACACACACACACACACACACACACACACACACACACACACACACACACACACACACACACACACACACACACACAUAGAGACACACACACACUACAGAUAAAGAGAGAAUGUGAGAGAGAGUCUGUGCUAAAAGGUGUUGGAUGCAUUAAAACAUAUGUAAACACACCAAGUGUUUGUUUAAAUCUUCAUUGGUAUUAUAUGUACAAUAGGUUCAAUCCUGUGUGUGUGUGUGUAUGUGUGUGUGUAUGUGUAUGUGUGUGUGUGUGUGUGAGAGACAGAGAGAGAGAGAGAGAGUGAGUGAGCGAGUGAGACAGACAGAGUUUAGGUGGCCAUGCCUGAGGACCCAGUCUGCCAGUCUGCCUUAUUAAUGAUUAAGCAGCAGUUGACAUGGUGUCUGUGUAUGACAGGAGAGAGAGUGAAAGAAUGAAUACAAAGACAGGAAGAGUGUGAGAUAAAGAGGGAUUUGAAGUGUAAAUCAUAGACGAAAUAAUGGAUUAAUAAUUUCUCUCAAUGCAAUGUGACCUGGAUUUGUGUGUGUGUGUGUGUGUGUGUGUGUGUGUGUGUGUGUGUGUGUGUGUGUGUGUGUGUGUGUGUGUGUGUGUGUGUGUGUGUUGUAAAAGACUUCUUGCAUGUCAGUUGUUGAGUGGCCCUGUAGUGUAUUUUGGUUGCUGUGGAAACAACUGAAAUGUUGACAAUAUUCUAAUAUUCUAUUUCAUUAAAAAAAAUCUGUGCAAACACACCAACAGACUCUCUCUCUCUCUCUCUCUCUCUCUCUCUCUCUCUCUCUCUCUCUCUCUCUCUCUCUCUCUCUCUCUCUCUCUCUCUCUCU